AUGUCUAAUAACGACGGAACGUUUAGCUUGCUAUUGCAACAAAUAAAGGUGGUCCACAAGCUCAAAGUAAUAAAACAAGAUUCGUUUAACCUUCUUGACGAUCUGUUCCUUAAAAUCGUCUACAUUAGUGUCAUGAAAUUUGUUGCUACACUGCCACACGUGGAACUGGUCGAAAAUAAAAAUGGGAAUAGGAAGGCGUUUAAGGAUGUUGCUUAUUUUGAACAGCGUACUCGACGGUCUGGGAUUGAAAAAAAGUCGCGGCAACGACGACAGGGAGCAAUUAAAAGCAUGCGAGAUGAAGUCAAGGUGCUUGAACGCGAGUAUUUGCGUCUUACAUCUCGUGUAACAAGUGAAACCACGGGGCUCAGAAUGAAUACAAGCAGCAACGAACGUGGCGUUUUGUUGACUCCAACACAAGUGCAACAGUUGCGCGACAAAUUCAUGCGCCUUUCGUCAGAAGCCGCCACAUUACGCAAAGAACAGCACAAGUUGCAUCAAAUUUUACAUGUACAACACUUGUUUCGUGAUACAUGCCAGGCUUUGGCAACUGAAUUUGCAGAUACAAAACCCGAUCCAAGAAUAACUACUGUGUACCAUGCGACUUUUGUUCCAUUGGCACCAAAGACGUGUUUUGCAGUCAUGCGUGAAGCGUAUGACGUUAUCCUACGAUUUCAAGCUAGCCAAGACUUUGUAACCACAGGCUCUUCACUCUUUGGAUGGAGUGACCAUCGGCGUCUUGAUGAUGACGAAUCAAAAAUGGUCUUUUGCUUUCGUAAAACUUUUGCAAAUGAAAGUUGCGAGCGUCUGAUGCACGAAUCGUGGCAUACGUUUUCAGAUCUUGAAUUCAUGCGACGUGUGAUCUUUUCAUCCAAAGUUGAGCUUAAUCUUGAGAUUUUGCAAGUUGUUAAUCGCGAUGCGCUCGUUGUGCGACGCCAUACAAAGUAUCGGACCAUGGACCGCAGUUUUCAUACAGUCUAUUUGCUCUUUCGCGUCGAGACUCUAAAUGGUUAUACAGUAUGUUUCCGUACGAUUCCAGCGCCUGGAAUUCAAGAUGCACUCGGAGAAAAUGAGGCCUGGAUUGAUUUAUUCCAUUGGACGACCCUCUCACGUGUACCGGAUGCAGAUGGAAAGCUUACAGGCUGUGAAAUUUCAUUCGGUGGCUCAAUUAGUGCAAGUGUCAUGAAUUUUGCCGCUCAUUGGAUGCUUGAACUUAUUAUGACAGUCGUGCGCUGGGAAAAUGCUUGCGUUACACCCCGUUUGAUCAUGUAG